AAACCUGGGUACAGGGCAGAAGCCCCAGGACUUGAGCUACAGUGCUCUGCCUCAACAAUUGACAAGACCCGCUAGCAACGAUGGGAAACUGGCUGACCGGCUGGUCAUCUGACAGGUCAUCUGGCUAUUCAUCUGACUGGUCACCUGGUGGGUCUUCAGGGGUGCCCUCCGGGCCAGUGCACAAGUUAGAAAAGUCUAUCCAGGCAAACCUCCCACCCAAUGAAAACUGUCUGCAGCAGAUUGCUGUGUCCUUGGUGCCAUCACAGAAGCUAGAAGAGUAUAUCCAGGCAAACCUCAAACCCAACAGAAAAUCUCUGAAGCAGAUAGACCAGGCUGUGGAUGCCAUCUGGGACCUGCUGCGCAGUCAGAUCCCUGUGAAGGAAGUGGCUAAGGGUGGCUCCUAUGGCCGGGAAACAGCCCUAAGAGGCUGCUCCGACGGUACCCUUGUUCUCUUCAUAGACUGCUUCCAACAGUUCCAGGAUCAGAUAAAAUACCAAGAUACAUUCCUUGACUUUAUUGAACUGUGGCUGAAAAUCCAUGAGAAGAAGUCAGUAAAGCAUGAACAUGCCCUUGUAGUACAAGUGUCUGUACCAGGGCAGAGAAUACUCUUGCAAUUACUACCAGUCUUCAAUCCUCUACGCUCCAGUGAGAAUCCCAGCUCCUGUGUCUAUGUGGAUCUCAAAAAAUCCAUGGAUAAAGUAAGAGCCUCACCAGGGGAGUUCUCAGACUGCUUCACCACACUGCAGCAGCGGUUUUUCAAGAAAUAUCCCAGAAGACUGAAGGAUUUGAUCCUAUUGGUCAAGCACUGGUAUGAACAGUGCCAGGAGAAGUGGAAAACACCCCCACCUCAGUCAUUGCUGUACGCACUGGAACUGCUCACUGUGUAUGCCUGGGAACAGGGCGGCCAAGCUGAAGACUUCGACAUGGCACAAGGCGUCAGGACCGUGCUGAGACUCAUCCGGCGGCCGACAGAGCUGUGUGUCUACUGGACAGUCAAUUACAACUUUGAGGAUGAGACAGUCCGGAACAUCCUUCUGCACCAGCUCAGGUCCCAAAGACCGGUCAUCUUGGAUCCAACUGACCCAACCAAUAAUGUGGGCAAAGAUGACAGGUUCUGGGAGCUACUGACAGAGGAGGCUGGGGCCUGGCUGUACUCUCCCAGCCUGAAUACUGAGUCACCUGCACCAUAUUGGGAUGUUCUGCCCAUGCCACUUUUCAUCACUCCAAGCCACUUACUGGACAAGUUCAUCAAGGACUUCCUCCAGCCCAAUGACAUCUUCCAAAAGCAGAUCAAUAAAGCUGUUGACAUUAUCUGUCCCUUCCUUAAAAAUGACUGCACCUGGAAUUCUGACACCAAAGUCCUGAAGACCGUCAAGGGAGGAUCCACUGCCAAAGGCACAGCUCUGAAGCGGGGAUCAGAUGCUGACAUUGUUGUGUUCCUCUCCUCGCUGGAUAGUUAUGACUCUCUAAAAACCAACCGCUCCCAGUUUGUCCAGGAGAUCCAGAAGCAGUUAGAAGCCUUUGUGCAGGCCCAGGAGUUGGAGGUGACGUUUGAGAAUUCGAAAUGGAAGGCUCCCAGAGUGCUGAGUUUUACCUUGAAAUCCAAGACUCUCAAUGAAAGUGUCGAGUUCGAUGUCCUUCCCGCCUAUGAUGCACUAGGUCAACUGCGGUCUGACUUCACCCUCAGGCCCGAAGCCUACCAGGAGCUCAUUGAGCUGUGUGCAUCACAGGACAUCAAAGAAGGAGAGUUCUCCAUCUGUUUUACCGAGCUACAGAGAAACUUCAUUCGAACCCGGCCCACCAAAGUGAAGAGUCUGCUCCGCCUGAUCAAGCACUGGUACAAACAGUAUGAAAGGAAGAUGAAGCCAAAAUCUUUGCCCCCAAAGUACGCCCUGGAGCUGCUCACCGUGUAUGCCUGGGAGCAGGGCAGUGGCACAGAUGACUUCGACAUUGCUGAAGGCUUCCGGACUGUCCUGGACCUGGUUAUAAAAUACCGGCAGCUCUGCAUCUUCUGGACAGUCAAUUACAACUUUGAAGAGGAAUACAUGCAGAAGUUCCUACUGACCCAGAUCCAGAAAAAGAGGCCUGUGAUCCUGGAUCCAGCAGAUCCCACAGGUGAUGUGGGAGGAGGUGACCGCUGGCACUGGCAUCUUCUAGCUGAAGAAGCGAAGGAGUGGCUGUCCUCCCCUUGUUUCCAAGUGAAGCAAAAAGGCCUGGUACAGCCUUGGAAAGUGCCAGUAAUGCAGACCCCCGGAAGCUGUGGAGGUCAGAUCUACCCCACUGUGGGUGGAGUUACUAAGUAGGAGUCCAUUCAGCUCUGGAAGACGCUUCUGGAGUGAUCUGGCAAAGACUCAGACCGUGUUAGAAAAGGGAGCCUGGUUCAGCCCUCUCUGGCAGGCUCCCACCUCUCUCCUUCCUUCUUGGAAUCAAGACAUGGGAUUAUCCCCCACCCUCCCCCAGGGUCUCACAGCACAGGCCCUGCUCUGUGUGAGUGACCUCCUUCAGAGACACUUGCCCUGUGCAGCUUAAUGGGUUCUGCUUCUGUCUGUAUUCUGUGCAGUUAUUUCCUGCCUCCUGCUCUGCUAGUUCUCUAGUCAGCAGCUCCAGACUCACCCUGUGUCACUAAGGUUAAGCCCCUCCCUAGCCCUUCAGUAUUGUCAAUCCCAACUAGCCCUUGGAGUCUUCCAUUGCGUGUCUUUGCCUGUCUCUUUCCCUGUCACUGUGGAUACAGAGAUGUACCAUCCAUCCAGCAGCUAGCCAACUCCCCUCCCUCCACCUCUGCUGUUAAAACCCUUUCUCUUGGGGAAAUGUAAACACUAUCUACCUCUCUUAAUGUCCCAGGACAAACUAAGGUGCAUUUCUCCCUUCUCUGAGAAGCCAAAGCUUCCCUGAUUGAGCUUACCUGCUCACAGGAGAGGGGUUACAGGCCUUUGAAGCUGCCACACUAGAAGAUCUGCACCCAGCUAGGAUGAUGGCUUCCCUGGGGCUGCGUAAAGGGAACCCCUCCCCUCAUCUUUCCUCCUGUAUCCUCUAGCCCCUCUCAGAGAUCCCGUGCAAUCAAGGCAGAAUAGAAUGCAGCUGGUUGGGACCACUUGUUAAAUAACUCAGGUGAGGGUCCCAUAACCUUCCCAGCCCACCUCUCUUCCAAGAGUGAAGAUAACAGUCAACAAGCCCAGCUGUGAUGUUCAUUGAUGAGCAGGCUCUGGAGGACUCCUGAAGAUGGCAGCAGUGUGGCUCAGUGAAUAGCCCUGCAUAACAUUUUACACACACCAAAUGCUAGUUGAUAUCUCUUGCUGGCUGCCCAGGGGGCCUUCACCCCAGGGCUUUAACUGCCCAGAGACAGGAAGUCUAAACCCUUCGCAUCCCCAAGUAAGGCUGAGCCUUUUUUCUGCCUGUGCUUGCUCUGAUGCAUUGAGGAUCAUGCCUGGCUGCUGUGCAACUUUUAAGCAGAGCCGUGCAGCAUCCCAGGGAGUUGAUUUCUAUGUAAACACCUUCAUCCAUUUCUGAUGUAUGCUUUGAGGUGGCUCAGGCUGGGCUAGCCCAGACAGAAAUCCUAGGCAUGUGAUUAGAGGAUCAGAACCCUUCUGGCCCUUCUGCAGGGGAGAGAUGGGGCUGAAGGUGGGGUUCAAAUCUCAUGCCGAGUGAUGGAACCCAACAUCCCUAGGUGCUAAGACCCCACCAAAGUCUCUGGAUAAGGAAGUUCCAGGAAUCUUUACUGAUAAACAUCCCAAUGUAUCAACAAGGUAGACUCUGACCUUCAUGGGACAGAAGAUCCUGGGUCAGUCCCCUCCCUGGGGACUCUGCAGUUGGCUGUUCAUUUAUAUGCUUCAUAAUAAAUGGUUUCUCUGUGUA